UGAAGACGCAGCUCAACAUCAGCACCAGCACCGACACGAGUCCCAGAUACUGAAAAAUACUGAAAAAUACCCACCGAUACCCGCCAGAAAACGCCCACACCACCGAGGCAGAAGACUGCAGAAAAAGAGUUCAGUAAUCAUGUACGAUGCAGCGAGGGUGCCGUCUCCUAAGGAUGGCGCAAAUGGGGUGUCGCAGCCGGUGGUCCCCGGAGCAGGAGCAGGAACAGCUGCGGGGUCAGGAGCGCCCACGCCGACUGCAGAGGAGGAUGAGGAGGAGGAGGAGGAGGAGGAGCCCAAAGCAGAGCCCGUCCUGGUGAAGAAGCCACACAGAGAGAUCCUGGACCAUGAGAGGAAGAGGAGGGUAGAGCUGAAAUGUAUGGAGCUCCAGGAGAUGAUGGAGGAGCAGGGGUACACAGAAGAAGAGAUCCGACAGAAAGUGAGCACAUUCAGACAAAUGCUGAUGGACAAAGAGGGCGUUAUCACCAGAGAAGGCUCACACACACAACCAGUGAUCAACCACCUGCACUACCCGCCUGACGAGUAUGAAGAGAACCCUGAGUUGGCUGGUUAUGAAGAUGGAGACUAUGACCAAGAUUACCACAGUGACAACAGAGUGAAGAGGAAAUCAAGCAGCUCUCCAUCCCCGCGUCCAAAGAAAAGGAAGAAGAAGAAAUCCGGCCGCCGAAGGAGUCGAGAGAAGAAGAAAAAGAGUGGGAAGAAACACAAGCGAGACAGAUCUGCAUCUGGCUCCAGGAAAAAGCGAAGAUACAGAUCGGGCAGCCCAAAGAACAAACACAAAGACAAGAAUAAACAGAAAAAGAGGUCCCCCGGUGAGACCCCAGGUAGGAGUUCACAGCGUCAAGGCAGCUGCUGCAGCUCCCGCAGCGCCUCCCUGUCCUCCACCCGGAGCACCUCCAAAUCUCCCGCCAGACUGAACUCCAAGCACAAGACGGACGGACAAAAGGCGUCCGGCACCUCGCUGUCCCCGGGCCCCAACAGUCCCGCCACGUGGCACAACGGGGACCCCACCCAGCGAAGCCGCAACGGCAAGGCCAGCAGACUCAACCACGUCGAGGGCGAGAAAGGGCACGAUUCGCCCCCUAGCCCCGUUUGGGACUGUCUCACCCACUACAGGGGAGACAGUCCUGGAUGCUUCGCCACAGAGAAGCUCAGGGAAGCAGCUUUGCACUUCUCUUUAUCGGAGAAGCUCCAUCUGCUGACUGCUAGCUCUGCAAGCAUCCAGCCCACUCUGCUGAGAGAGCACAAGCUCCACAGCGCCCCCAGCAGGAGCCACACAGGACCGACGUGUGCAGCAGGAGAGGCUGGGAGUGUAGUCGGCAGGAACACAGCUGUAGGGAGCUCCGUAACCCAGACGCAAGGGAGGCGAGGGAGUCAGAGAGGCCAGAACAAGAGCUCCCACUCCCCUGCUCACAGCAGCGACUCAGCCCACUCCCAGCACAACCACGCUCACAAAGGGAGGAACUCUCGUCACCAGAGAAAGACAAAAGGAGGCCACUCUUCCAAGCGUCACCACCGCUCCAGUCGGGGUCAGGCACACCACCGGAGCCCGUCAGCAUCUCCGGGGCGACACACACACACGUCGGGCAGGAAGAAAGAGGAGUCUCGGAGCAAACCCAACCUCCGACAGCGCAGCAGCUCCUGGAGCAGCGGCCGUUCGUCCUCACACUCCGUAUCCAGAGACAGAGGCCCCAGCAAGGCCAAGUCCCCACACAACAGACAGAACAACUCCAGAGAGAGGGACAGCCCUAACCGCUCCGACACCGACAGCCGAGCUCGCCGCCGCUCACGCAGCUAUUCACCCAUUCGCAAAAGGAGAAGAGACUCACCCAGCUUCAUGGAGGCUCGCAGGAUCACCAGCGCCCGGAAGCGGCCGAUCCCGUACUACCGGCCCAGUCCGUCCUCCAGGAGCCACAGCAGGAGCCACAGCAGGAGCCGGAGCCGGAGCUGGAGUCGGAGCCGCAGCCAGAGCCGGAGCUGGAGCCGCAGCAGGAGUCGCUCCCGCAGUCACCACAGUUACUACAGCCGCAGCAGCUAUGACAGCCCCGGCUUCUGAAACGACAACAAGCAGAUGGGAAGUCCUGUUUAAUCGACUGUGUUCCGGUUCAGUUAUUAUGUCUCUUUAACAAGCCCUCGACAGCGGCCCGCGCUGCUGUUACAGUGCGGGGCUCAAACUCCUCGACCC